AUUUUAUCAUAAGUUUUAUUUAUCAGCUUGCAAAUAUAAUGACGAUCGAUUAGUGGGGAAGCUAGGUAACAUAACCUUAGAGUAGAGUAGAGUAGAGGUAUUUACAUUUUGAAUACACGUGAGUUCUGAACAAGAUGCAAUUAACGAUGUUAAAAAAGUUCGAUAAGAAGGCAGUACACCAAAUGCUUAUAACAGAGGAUAAAUUCAUUUCGGAUAUAUUCUCCGUAAUGCCUUUACCUAUGCGCGAAUUAGAGCAGCGAAAUUGUUCAUCUAUGACAAAGGAACAGACAACAAAAAAAGUCAAGGUUUUUACAGUGCCAGGUAGAAAAACAAAAAGAGCACAGACUUUUGAAAAGUUGCAUGCAAAGUUAGAGGAAUUAAAGAGUGUAAAAAAGUUGGAUUAUAAACAGAAACUUCUUAAAAAAAGUUUAAAAACCAGAAUCAAGAAAAAAUCAAAAAGAGAAGAACGUUUGCUACAGAAGAAGCUUGCUAGGACAGAACAAAAUGCAGCUAGUAGUAGUAAAAUAAAAACUGACAAUGAGGAAAUACCGAAAGUUCCAAAACCAAAACCAGUAUUCAAUUCAGAAGGUAAAAUGGUAUUUAGUAAGUUUGACUUCUCUGAAAUUGGUAUAAAAAAGAAGUUACCUAAAAAUGAAAAUGAUCCUAGAAAAAUUUUACAACAACUACAACAAAAAAAAGAAAAAUUGAAGCAAUUAGAAGAAUUUGGUGAGAAAGAAAAAGCUGAGGAUAUUAAAGAAAAAGAUGCAUGGAAAUCUGCAUUGGCAAAAGCAAGUGGUGAAAAAGUUAAAGAUGAUCCAGAAUUGCUAAAGCGCACUAUAAAACGGAAUGAACAGAAAAAGAAGCAUAGUGCAAAGAAAUGGAAUUCCAGGAUUGAGAAUGUACAAAAAUCUAUUCAAGAAAGACAAGAAAAACGACAAGAAAAUAUUAUGAAGAGAAAAAAAGAAAAGAAAGUAAAUAAAUUGAAGAAAGCAGCGAAGAAAGGACGCGGAUUUAUAUCCGGAUUUUAAUUAUUAAUUAUUUACAUAACUAUUCUCUGUAAUAAUUUCAUGUUGGGAGAAUGAAUGUGUUUCUACUUACAGAUAUGUUGUAACUUUUAUUUGUAUACACAUGGGUAAAAGUGCCAAAAAAUUUUGUUCAGAUAACAUGCGUGAAAAACUGAUGUUAUUUUCAUAUAACAUGGAUGCAUAAAAUCCAUUUUUAGUUUAAAUUUAUGAAGUAUAGUUUUUGCAAAUCUCAUACGUUUACUACGCAUAUUUACUUAAAAUGCACUUUAUUCAUAGAUUUGGGAUAGACAAAUAAAAUUAAGUACCUAACUUGUAUUGAUAUAAUUGUUAACAUAUAAGGAGAAUGAGUUGGAUAUUCAGAAAGGUUUAUAUUAAACGAGAUUAUCUGUGUACUAUCCACUUAUGUGUAAUAUACAGUGACAAAUAAUAUACUUUAUUCAUGU